GCGAGUACAGCAGCUACUCGUACAUUUUACUAGUACAUGAGCAACGAUGUGAUGUGUUAGUCAUACUAGGCACAUUGUUAAAGUUGAAACUCGCUCAUCACAUGUUAAAAAUUAUCUUUGAGAUUUUUUACGUUCAUGCUUAUUAUAUAUUAUAAAAGUUUAUAAUCUGUGUGAAAUUUAUGCGGAAGAAAAUUAGGUUUUUAUUACGGUUAAUAAGAAUUUCAUAUCCUCUGUUAUAAGAUUGGUAUCUUUGGAAGAGCAAGACUGGAAGCAAGACCGAAGACUGAUACAAGCAACACGUGGUGGAGCCAUGGCGCACGCAUCUCUUACGCCUCUCGCUGUCGCGGUGCUGGUGCUUCUCGUCUUAGCAUCUGCAGUGCAAGCGGGGAACAAAGAAUCUCUUCAGGAUAAAGCACAUGGAUAUCUUCAUGAGUCAUCGAUAUUCGAAGCAGUACAGUCAGAUGGGCAGAAAUAUUACAAAGAUUUCAAUGCGACAGAAGCAAACUUGAAACCCAGAGAUGAUAACAUACUAAAACUAAAAUCUGCACAACCUAGUAUUGAAAAUAAAAUAUCCAGUAGUACAGAUGGCAAGCCUAAAUCUGAACAUAGAAUGUCUUCUACUGGAAAAACUGGUAUAAAAUAUCAGCAUGAAGCUCGAUCAGCUCAUUCAAGUGAACAUAACAAAUCAAAAUACGCAAAUGCGAUACCAUUUCUUGAAUACACAAAAAUACAAAGUCGCGAAUUACAAGCAAAUGGCCCAGUCUUCGAGCAAAGAAAUGAAGUUAAUUCUCUGGAAAAUAAGUUGAACUCAAACAAAGAUAAUGCACCGAAGGGUACAGAAGGUGGCCAGUGCGUUAUGUACGGGAUUUGCUCGAAAAACCCGGAGCCGGGAAAGGGAGACAUGGACUUGAAUUGCUUAUAUGAAGGGCCUCCUAAGCCGCUUGAUGAUCCCUACGGCAUUUAUGAAGGCAAACUGAAUGCCUACUGCCCAGACAUGGUCCGUGAUAUAAGAGCAGAAUUCAACACAAAUGGGUCACUUUAUACCUGUUGCGAUGCCAAGAACAUUGAAAUUAUGACGGCGCAGCUGUCUAUGCUGAGCAACUUUGUGGGCAGAUGCCCAGCGUGCGAGAACAACCUCAUGAACUACUUCUGUAACUUCGCCUGCUCGCCACACAUGUCCAAUUUUAACCUCGUAACUUCACUUUAUAAUCAAACGUCCGUUUUGACUUUAACGACUUUCAUGAACUCUGAGUACGCGAACAAAAUAUUCGACUCGUGCGACGAGGUCUUCUACCCUGAGAUGGCCGUGCCUGCACUGACGAUGAUAUGCGGCCAGUGGGGGAAAAGUUGUACCCCUGAAAGACUUUUCGACUACUUCGGGAUAAACAGCUUCGCUCCCUUCAACAUCACCAUGGAGUAUACGAACUCUUCUACGGCCAGCGCUGUAGACUACAACGGCAUACCAAAGGAGAUGAAACCGCUCGAAGUGGCUACUUCGCCAUGCGAUUCUCCCGACAAAUUAUUCUGUCUGUGCUCGGAUUGUCGGAAUUCCUGUCCACCUUUACCUCCGGAUCCCGAAGUCGACGAACCUAUCACGGUCGGAUCCAUGCACCUGUUCACGUUCAUCAUGAUUUGGGUGUUCAUCGCUGAAACGACGAUCAUCUUGGUCACGUAUGCAGUGACUAGGAAUCGAAAUAAUACCAAGAAUACGGCGAAGCGUAUUACUCCUAAAGUAACAGAAGCAGGCGGGACACAGCGCGAAGGAUUGCGGCAAGAAAAAGACACGUCGCAGGAGCCGAGCUUCACAGAGAUCGUGUCUGCUGCUCUCGAGAAAUCAAUUUCUGAAAACUUUGCUACCUUCGCUACAGCGGUGGCCAAAAGUCCGUACUCGGUUAUUGUUAUAUGCGUGCUGCUUUGUCUCGGUCUCAGCGGAGGCAUGUUCUUGCUCAAAGUAACGACUGACCCAGUGAGCCUGUGGGCCUCCAAGACGUCGCGUACAUUGCAGGAAAAAAAUUAUUUUGACGAGCAUUUCUCUCCCUUUUACAGAACAACGCAAGUUAUAAUGACGCCCAAAAUUCCCAUUGAUGGCAGGAACGUGACCAUUCACGAUCCAUCAGGGCUCGAUUACUACUAUUACUUCGGACCCGCCCUGGAUCCCUCGUUCGUUCAGGCUGCGAUGGAUCUCCAGACCGACAUUUUGGCGUUGCAAGCGGAAUACGAUGGUAAACCCGUUAUCGUUAACGACGUAUGCACCAAGCCAUUGUCACCAAAGAUGGAUGACUGUCUUGUGAUGAGCGUGAUGAACUACUGGCAAAACAACGCUACGUCUCUCGCCAUCGACAUCGAAGAUGGCUAUGCCUACUACAAUAAAAUGGUUAAAUGCAUCAGCAAUCCAACGAACGUGGAUAAUAUCUACUGCCUGGGUUCGUACGGUGGACCGGUGCUACCGUACACAGCACUAGGAGGAUUUUUGGAGGAGGGGGAUUCAGGAUCCUUGUCUGAAAAUCCGGAUUACUUCAAUUCUACAGCUCUUAUUAUUAUCAUCACCUUGCAGAACUAUGUUGAUAAAUCUCAGCUGGGCCCUGCUCUUGCCUGGGAGCAAGUUUUCCUGGACUUCAUGAAGGACUACAACAGCAGCCUGAUGGACAUAGCGUACAACGCUGAGCGCGGCAUAGAGAACGAGCUGAUGAGGGAGAGCGUCGGGGACUUAGGUACCAUAGCGCUCAGCUACGUGCUCAUGUUCGCCUACAUCACCAUCGCUCUCGGCAAUCUCUCCGCCAAGCUCUCCAGGAUGAUGAUUGAAAGCAAGCUCAUGGUGGGACUGGGUGGGGUCAUCAUCGUGCUGCUGGCCGUGAGCUCGUCUCUAGGCUUCUACGGCUACUGCGGGGUCGAGGCUACACUCUUCGUCAUUGAGGUUGUGCCGUUUUUGGUGCUGGCAGUUGGUGUAGACAACAUCUUCAUAUUGGUACAAACGUGGCAGCGCGAGCCAAUGCUGGAAGGGGAAACGUCUGAAGAGCACAUCGGAAGAAUCGUUGGAAAAGUUGCACCAACCAUUAUUAUCUCCACUUCUUCGGAAGCUCUCUGCUUCUUUUUAGGAGCGCUGUCGCCGAUGCCUGCGGUGUACUCGUUCUCGCUGUACGCGGCGCUGGCGUUGAUCAUCGACUUCGUCUUGCAGAUGACGUGCUUUGUGGCCCUUAUUGCGCUCGACGCCAGACGCAUCAAGGCUAGCAGAUACGACAUUCUGUGUUGUGUGACCAGCAGCGACGUCAAGCACUCUGAACAGAGUGAAGGCGCUUGCUUUAACUUCUUGAACGAAGUUUACGCCCCGACGCUCAUGAAGCCGCCAGUGAAGGUGAUAGUUCUGGUAGCGUUCUCCGCUUUGUUCGCAACGAACGCCUGCUUCGUGCCUCACAUCGACGUCGGUCUCGAGCAAGACAUCUCCAUGCCAGAGGACUCCUUCGUCCUUAAAUACUUUGACUAUCUCAAUCUCUAUAUGAGUGUCGGACCUCCCAUUUAUUUCGUGGUGACGGAAGGAUACGACUACACUGACAUAGAGAAUCAGAAUCUUAUUUGUUCGAGCGCCGGCUGCAGAUUCGACUCUUUCUUAACCAAAAUAUUCGUUGCGUCCCUCAAGCCUAACGUAACAACAAUUGCAGCUGGCGCCAACUCUUGGCUAGAAGCUUACAUCAGCUGGAUCACUGAUGCCGGCAGCGGCACCAUUGCAAGUCCUUACUAUGGAACUGCUUGUUGCCGCCUCGACGCGGAAGGAAACUUUAUCGAUAGCAGCGAGAAAUACGACAAAAACGCCAAAGCGAUCUGCAUGAACACCUCGACCGUGAACCCAGACCCACUACGCCCCCUGCCAGACUUUUUCAUGCCUCACUUGCCUGACUUCCUGAAGGACAAUCCCCACGACACAGAGUGUCCUCAGGCGGGGCACCCUGCCUACGGGGAGGCCGUGCGAGUGGUGAACGACGCUCGAGGGGAGAACGUUGGGGCGAGCUACUUUAUGACCUAUCACACCAUCCUAAAGAAAUCGAAAGACUUCACCGAGGCCCUGGAUCAAGCGUACCAGCUUACUGACCAGCUCACCGAAUAUCUUCAUAAUAAUACCUUCACAACGGCUAAAGUCUUCCCCUACAGUAUUUUCUACGUGUACUACGAACAAUACCUGACGAUGACGACCGAUGCUGCUAAGAGCCUCGCCAUAUCGCUGCUGGGGGUGUUCGUGGUCAUGGUUAUUUUAACGGGACUUGACGUGUGGACGUCACUAUUGGUACUCGGAACAAUCAUCAUGAUCGUUGUCAACAUGAUGGGCAUGAUGACGUGGUGGCAUAUCCAGUUGAACGCAGUCACGCUCGUCAACCUUGUCAUGGCCAUUGGCAUCUCGGUGGAGUUUUGCAACCACAUCAGCCACGCCUUCGCCUUUUCAACUCACGAAACUCGCGACCAAAGAGUAAUUGACGCUCUGGCAUCCAUGGGCUCCGCGGUAUUUUCUGGCAUCACGAUGACGAAAAUCGUCGGAAUCUCCGUGCUGGCUUUCGCCAAAUCACAAAUAUUCAAAAUAUUUUACUUCAGGAUGUACUUAGGCAUGGUGAUCUUCGGCUGCCUGCAUGGGCUGCUUUUCUUACCAGUUGUUCUCUCAAUUAUAGGUCCUCCGGUCAACAAAGCACUUCUAAUAGAGAAAGCCAUCAAAGAAAAUACGAAAGCAUCAGCAAGAGUGCCGUCUAGUCGCGAAGCUGUGGAAAGCACAUCCGAAAUAUAACGGAUCUCACUCGCACAAGGUUUAUAAUUUUGAAGAACUAUCGAUAGAGAAUCUUGCAAAGAUCGUGAAAUUGUAAAGGGUUAUUAACACAGUGGAUGGAUUUGAAUGAUCUAUGCGAAUAAGUGAAGAAAUCCAUGAUCCGCUUAUUGAAAUUUUUUUUGCUGAUGAACGAAAUAUGGUAAACACAAAUCCACUCGAAAACACGAUUUUUUAACAAAUUGUGAUCAUUUAUCAUACGGAUUCUAAGAUAUUCCGAUGUAUUCAAAGUAAAUUUGAAGAGGAUAAAAUGCAUCUCUGAAACAAAGUAUCAGGUAACUGUAAACUAUUCAGUCCGGCUGGAUUAAUUUUUUCAAUAUCUUCUUACUCAAAUGGCAAUUAUUUAACUUCCCGAAAUCGUGUGGAACGUUUUAUCUGAACUGUUGUUCAAUAUUGAUAAUUCUUCAACCUUAGAUGAAAUUUUUUAAAAUUUAUGGAAAUAAGCGAUUAGAUUAGAAAUUGAUUUAUUUUAAAUUUAACUGUUUUCCGUCUAAAAUUUGGGUUUUUAGCAAUUCAAAUUUAUUAAAUUUUUAACUUUUUCUUUCCAAGUUAAAAUUUUUAUUUUUAUCUAGUAACGAGCUGGACUAUAUCAUGUCACCAGGCUACACAAACAAAUAAAUGAAUGAAAAUAUUAAAUCAGGCAAAUUAUAUACAUUUUUCCGCAUUUUCCUUGACGAUGUAUUCGACGGAGGUGCGAAUCAAAUCAAAUAUUGCGUUCUUCUUCCAGGACACAGUGUGCUAUAUUAGAAGUCUUGCAUGCUCAAUAUGAUUAUCAAAUUAUUGAUGUGAUUCAAAGAAAAAAAAUUGAC